GAGCCUUGCUUUGGGCCAAGAAGAGCCCAGCCCACAGCUUUUGCUCUGCACCACCACCAUAGCGAAAUCUCUCUGGUUGCUAUAGAGUGUCAGAAUUUUCGUCUCUCCUGUCUGCAAACUUGCAAACCUUACUACUCCUGAAGGUGAAUGAUAUUUGGGUGAGAAACGAGAAGACUCACUGUGCAGAGGAGACAUGGCAACCCAAGCAGCUGCCUCUUUCAAUGGCAACAUGAAGAAAGCACUUGCUGGCCUCAGACGUAUCAAUCUGGAAGGUUUGCGAUGGAGAGUAUUUGAUGCAAAAGGCCAGGUCCUAGGAAGAUUAGCAUCUCAAAUAUCAACAGUAAUUCAAGGAAAGGAUAAGCCUACGUAUGCUCCAUAUCGUGAUGAUGGGGAUAUGUGCAUUGUGCUUAAUGCAAAGGAUGUAUGUGUUACAGGGAGAAAGAUGACAGAUAAAUUUUAUCGCUGGCAUACUGGGUAUGUGGGCCAUCUCAAGGAAAGGAGUUUAAAGGAUCAGAUGGCAAAGGACCCUACAGAAGUAAUUCGCAAAGCAGUCUUGCGCAUGCUUCCUAGAAACAAAUUGCGUGAUGAUAGAGAUAGAAAACUGAGGAUUUUUGCUGGAAGUGAGCACCCCUUUGGUGAUCGGCCACUUGAGCCAUAUGUAAUGCCUCCAAGAACAGUACGAGAAAUGCGGCCGCGUGCUAGACGAGCCAUGAUUCGAGCUCAGAAAAAGGCUGAGCAGCAACAGCAAGGUGCUAAUGAUACACGAAAAGGCAGAAAGAAAGAAGUUGAAGAAGUGACAGAGUAAAAAUUGGGAAAUGGUACUAGAAGAAGAGGAAAGAAAGAAGUAACUAGUUCAAAAUUAAAUGAGCUAAAAGAUGCGUACCAUGAAUGGUUCUGUCCCCAUCAGUUAGAAAUUGAAAUAUUGUGUUCGUGGUUCAUGAAUUCCUUUUAGGUUUAUAAACAUUUAGUGUGUGCAUUUCAUUUUGAGCAGGUCUGAAAGUGUGUUCGCAGGAGAAAUGGGACUAAUGGACUCUUAUGCUUGUUUGGAGCUCUAAAGUUGUCCUGGGCAAAAACAAAUUUUUGGGACAGCAUUUUUCAUGAUAAUGCAAUGCCAGGUUUCUUUGACCAA